AGUCGUCAAAUUGACGCAACUGCGUACUUAUAAAUACACAACGAUCAAGCAGAAGCAGAAAGAGCCCACGAACUUGAGAAAGUUUCCAUAGAACAAACCAGAAACCUCUCUCUCUCUCAACUCUGAAUUGCCCUGUUACUGUUAGAGGAAAAGCGACGUCGUUUGUCUCUGUUUCCUAUAUUGGCUAACAACAUGUCCCAAGACAUCUACUCUGAGCGCCCUUUGUUUGGCGGUGCCAUUACUAGCACCUUCCCUCUUAGGUUCCAGGAUGUGAGCGACAUUCGGCAAGUUCCUGAUCACCAGGAGGCAUUUGUGGACCCCGACCGGGACGAAAGCUUGAUCUUUGAGCUCUUGGAAUUGAAGCAUGAAGUUGGCGAUGAUGGAAGUGCUACCUGGUUUCUCCAAGACCUCGCCACUGAACAAGAUGCUGACGGGAGCAUGGUGAUUGAACAGUCAGGAGUAGUUGAGGCCCCUGGAUUAUGUUAUAGAAACACACCUGCUGUUGUUACAACUGCUGUUGGCCAAAUGUCCAUUUCCAAGGGGCGGCAAGGAAGGGAGGCACAAAAUAUUGUGAGGGUCUAUGUGGCAAAUCUGCGACUUAAGGAAGUUAAUACUGAUGUGCUAGUUACUGCAUAUGAACCCGUUCAUAUAAAUCCUUUGAGCGAAAGUGCAAGCACAGUGGGGGCUGGUCUUGCUGUUCCUGCAGUACAAUCCGGAUAUAUGCCAGUGGCCGAGGUCUUUAAACUCGCUGUCUCUAGCUUCAAAGUCAAUGACUGGAAUCUUUUUGGCUCUGUGGCCUGAGAUGAAUUUGACAGUUUUAUGAAGAACGCCACAUUGUUAGGUAGUACUAAAUCAAUUGUGUAUUCAUAUCUGCAAGGGUUUUCUUAAGAGAAAGUGAAAUUCUAAGUGUGCCAUUUGCCUCACUUCGUUCAGGCAUUUGAAGUAUGCAAAUUGUUGGCUUAUGUUAUAGGAUUGUACCAGUUGUUGGAUGAAGCAGUCUUUUAGACAUCGCAAAUAGGGAAGAUGAGGUUUAAGAAAAGGCAUGGGCCUAGAUAUCUGUAGUUCUCUGUCUUGACUGGCCCUUUGGGUCUUGUUUGUAAUCUUUGCCCUUUUGGGCUUUCAUAUAUGCAAGUUUCUUCCCUUGAAGAAAAAAAGAAAAGACAUGGGCCAAGAAUUGCAGA